AACCUCCCCGUACAAAUUCCUUUUACCGUUCCACACGGAGCAAGGACUAAAACCAGGACCCUUUCUAUCGUCGCCGUUCUCUCUCAAAUUCCCACUUGCCCUCUUUCACCCAUUACCCGCGCCGCCGUCAGAAAAUGGACGAAUCGCCGCCGGCCAGCCCGGUACCACUGAUUCUCAACCUCGUCACCUCUAUGUUCAUCUACGCCGACAGAUCCCUCCUCCAAUUGGCCGACAAGUACAAGCUCCUCGAGCUGCUCCGGUACGUCGUCGUGACUUCCUUCCUCUUCCUCCUCCGCUUGAUUCCCUCGAUGUUUCCUUCUUUCGAUUCGUUCGUCCCUUUCUCCGAAGCUCGCCCGCUCAAAGCCUCGCCGAAGAAGGAGAUUUCGAAUUACCACCAGCCUUGCCUACCUUCCUCCGCCGCCGCCGCAGCCGGUUGCGAUUCGAGCAUCGCUCGGGCGCUGUCGCAGCUGCUGGCUAUCGCGAACGAAAUCCCGGUGAGCUCGCGGAAGUACGAGAUAGUCCGGUCCCUGGCGGAGAAGAUGAUCGACGACAAUCAUCGAGAGAACGUCGAAGCCCUCCACGAGAUCAAUCGCACGGUUCUAUCGGCGGCGUUUUCGAGGUCGCUCGCACAGCUCGGAGCCGCCAUGGGUGAAUUAGGGUUGGAUAGGAGCGGAAAUGGCGGAGCCGGCCAGGCUGUCAUGUACAAAUUGAACCGGGCGCUGAAAGCGGUUCGUUCGGUUGGGGAUGGGAGCUGGGGUCGUACCGGUUACGCCAACCGGUCCAAUUGCUCUGCCGAGAAACUAGCUGCCGAGCUCCUCUGGCUAGCACAGAAGCUGGCGGCUUGUGGGUGCGUGGAGGAGGCCGUUUGGAGGUGGGCAAUGGCUUCCAAGGUCGCUUGGCUAGCCCUUUCGGCCGAGCCACGACUGCAGGGCUCGUUGGUCAAAGUCUCAGCAUUCCUGUUCAAGCACGCCAAGGACUUGGGGCUGUACGAGAUCGAGGAGAGCAAGAAGGUGCAGUGGCGUCGUACGAAGCUGGAGAUGCUGACCUCGUGGCUGCCGCUGUUGUGCAGAGCCACCACAGCCGGGGUGGAUGUUCCUGUACUCGGUACUGGGGAGCGUGCCGAUUUGGAGAAGGUGAUGGAAGAGAUGCUGGAGAUGCUGGAGCAGGAGGAGAAGGAAGCAGUGCUGUUUCUCUGGCUGCAGCAUUUCUCGUACGCGCCGUCUUCGGAUUGGCCUAACCUCCAUGACUCAUACUCGAGAUGGUGCAAUGCUUCUCGUCGGCUCUUGGUCCUCCAGUGAUAAAGGAAUUGCAGACUGCGGUAUUGUUUACGACAUUGUUAUAGUUCCACUACUUGUACAGUAGUAAUAAUUAUAUAGAUACCACAUAUAUUUAUAUAUCAAUAGGUCGCCAGAAUUACGUUGUUAUGAAUAUUAAUUUCUGUCAUCGAUCAAGGUACAUUCUGGAUUCGUGCAAUGAUGUAGAAUAAAGUUCAAUUUCUGAAAGUGGGACAAUGAACAUAUAUGCCUGAGAUUAGUAAACCAACCUCAACAGUAUAUAGGUAAGACAAU